UAACACACUGUGGGAAGAGGCAAAAUGAACUGCAUUUGGAUUCUACUAGAAAAUGAAUGAAUUCUCUUUCGGAUCUCUUGGGGAUUUCUAAUUUGGAGAAUGCAAAACCAAAAAAGAGAAAGUUAUUCCGGAGAUUUAUGUCUGAAAAUAAAAUAUUUGAAGGAAAAACUGUGAAUGACAAAAUCUGGCAGGAACACAGCAAGCAUAAGAAUGAUUCCCACCUCAGAAGGCCCUGUCAGCUAAAAGAUCCAAAUGAAGACGAUUUUCUAAGUAGCAACAUACAUAUUCAUCAAGGAAAAACUCUGCAAGGAACUUCCUAUCAGGUGACCACUGAAUGCUGGAGUCCAUGUCAUUAUCAAAGACAAGCUGAACCUACUGUUGAUGAAAUGGCCAUAAAAUUGGGCGGUGACCCUGUGGAAUCAAUGGGGACAUUAAAGCGACUACAGAAACUGGUUUGUUCUAAGAAAGCCAGAGUGCAGAGUCUGGAUGAGGUGAAACCGACAUUAAUAAACCUCCAAGAUGAAGAUGACACAUUGAUUUCUUGUUUAAAAUUAACCAAGUCCCAAGAAAAGAAAGUGAGUAGUGUUGGCACAAGGAGGAAGCAAGAAAUGGAGAUUAGAUUGGAUACUCUUUCUGCAUCACUGGGCAGAUCUAGCACUUUAAAUGACUGCAACUUGGAAGAUAAAUUAGCUUGGUAUGAAGGUGAAGCUUACACGUGGCAUCACUGGAAGCCUUUUCCUGAAAACCCUCUCUGGACAUGUGUUGAUUUCCAAAUAGCACAAGUCGGACCCUGGGGCCACUGCUCCUCUUGUAUUCGCCACACACAUCUCAAGUCUUCCUGCUCAGAUAUGGAUCUCCUACAUUCAUGGGUAAGUUUGCAAGCUACAGAAAUGUGUCAUCUUAUCUGGGGUUUUGUACUGUCGGGAAAGAAACAGAUAGCAAAAGUGCUAAUCAGUCAAAUUUAUCAGUGUCAGAAAAGUUACCAGAGCAAGAGUUGUCUUUCCAAAAAGCAACCAAACUCUUGUGACUUUUACCCAUGUUAA